UUCCAGGAAGUACCGUGCAUGUGCAAUCCUUAGUUCAGCAAUCUUAUCUGGUUUUAGUUCAAGUUAGGACAAUUGCUAUCCGAAAACAAUCAAACACCCUCCCCUAAAAUGUAAGACUGGGGCAGGAAUACACUUUUGCGCAGUGUUUAAGAGAAGAGAUUUAAAACACGAGUCUUUUCGACGUGUUAGUCAGCAUGCCAGACUGUGUCAGUCUGUGCGUCAUUAGCCUGUUGUUAAGUAUAAUAACGUUAGCUUGUUACAUUUUGUACUCGGGACUAUUGUCGGAAAUCAUCGUGUUGACAGGCUCUCCACCGAUAAAGAGAAUCACAUUCGCCUACAAAUUCAAACAGGGAUUGUAUAAAAACUGUGGACAACUUUUUAAGGAGUCCCAUAGUAUUGGACCCAAGCUGCCAUGUAUUGGAGUAUUUUAUGACGACCCUAAAAAGGUGCCUGGGCCACAGUGCCGCUAUGCUGUGGGCAGUAUUCUGACUGAGGGAGAGAACAAGGCAGAUGAGGAGCUUUUAGAAAGCUACGAGACCUCUGGCUUUAAAGUCUUCUCCUUCCCUGAAGUCACACACGUUGUUACUACCUCAUUUCCUCACAAGACGUUUCUCUCUGUUCUUCUUGGAAUACGAAGAGUUUACCCAAAGCUGGAGCACUACAUCAAGAAGAGGAGGCUGUGUGCACACCCAUUCCUGGAGAUCUACAGAGAGGGCCUCAUCCACUUUAUGGUCCCCUUGGCUCGGCAGGGAGAUUUCUACGUGCCUGAGGUUUGCAGAGUAGAACGGAGACCAUCUGAACAGGAGGAACUGAACAGUGACUCAGAUGUCUCGGGUGCCGACUCUAACAGUGAAUACAGCUCAGGGAGUGGGGUUCUCCUCUCAGACAGCAGAGAGACGUCCCUUGCGGGGUCUUCAGUCCGCUCUGUGCCUCUCCAGGAUCAAGAGGAGAGGCACUGCAGAGAGAGAAGCUCGGGGGGAAUCUCCCUGAAAGAACUGGACUGGGAACAGACUGGUGGACGGCGGGCUGAGAGAGAAGAGCAGGCUCAUGGAGAGUCUGACCAGAAGAGCCUGGAGGCUCCCACGCAGCAGUGGUGGGGUGUUGUUGAAGAAGAGGAGUAAGAGUUCAGUUGAGAUGUAUCAGAUGAAGAUGAUAAAAUGAUUGAUGUUAAAGAAAGUUAGACAUGCAGUUUUUAAAGCAUGUUUCAAUAUGUGGUCUUGACAGAAUGGGGGAAUAUUAAAGGGUGAGGAAGCUGAUACUAAAUAAGACAAUUUUUUUUAUUGGCAACAAAAACAAUGCAAAGAUCAAAACCCACAAUGUGUUAUCAGUCAAUACUUUAUUGACCUACAGACUUCUUGAAAAGCCAUUUCAGAUGAUCCCCUAAAACAGCAGGGCACUGUAGUUUUUAGAAACCAUUACAAUAAGCAGGAGCACGUGGUGUAUUUGAUGAGGUCUGCUUUUUGCUGCGGAUUAAUCCACAAUUUAAAGCUUUCGCUGCAGCCCAAUGUUAAGUACAGGUCUAUAUUCAUCAUGAUGACAACAUGAUUCCUGUCAUCGUGCAAUUGUUAGCCUCAGAAGUGAUUUUGAAUUUGAAAAUACAGGAGAUAGAAGAGAUAUAUGAGGGAUCUCUGAAGCUAAGGAUUAAGCAAUCUGAGGUUUAAUUACAAUAUCGAUAUUUGAUAUUUGACUGUGUAUUCAAUCCAAUUUAAAUUUUGGUCUUUUUAUUAGAUUUGUUGAUAAUAAGAAAAAGGAGAACAUUUACUAAACUUGACUCUUUGAUGGCACAAUUUGUACGUCUUUUUUAUUCUGUUGACAGAAAGGGUCCACUUGAAAUUUACAGAACUGAUUCAGGUAGCCUGAGUUACUUGAAAUAUUUUCAUAGAAGUUAUGUUUAUCCAAAUGUUACAUGAUGACUGAAACAAGUAUUUGUUAGUCAAAGCAUUUUACUUGAAUAUCUAGAUGUUACUGUCCUCUAUUAAGGUCUUCCGUUGUUUGAAGUAUUAUUGAGUUGUACUGUCUAAUAUUUGCUGUAUAAAGCUCAAAGCCACUUGGAUUUCUGACAAGAGUUUUUCUUUGAGCCAAAGAAAGCCAUAUAUAAAAUCUAUGUGUUACAAACCAUUAAACAAUAUGCAACACAA